AGAAAAAAGCGUCCAACAACAACAAAGUACAAGUGAAAGAAGCCACCAAAUACUGGUUUUUUUAAACAACGAAAAAGCAAAAAAGAAAGAGGGAGAGAGAAAAAGUUGCUGCACGAGAAAUCUCUCCAUGUGUGCUUGUGUGUGCGAGAAAAGUAAAGUAAAGUGAAAAGCAAUGCUAUAAGGAAUUACAACUAAAAGGCAAAGCUUAUGUUGAUUGCUGUUACACUAAAUAACUGUUAAAGAAUAAAAGAAAUAACUCAAACAACGAAAAGGGAACGAGUGAAGGCCCCCCACGUGGGAGGAAUUGGCGAAGCAAAUAUUCAACUUUAAAGCAUUAGUCUUUUUCAAGGGCUCCACCACUCACUGGAGGCUACCACAAUGGACCCCAACAGACAUCACGAAUAUCAGACGCAUCAUCAGCAGGCGGUGCGCCAGUCAAUGCCACUGCACCACCAAACACAUCCACAUCCUCCGCAUCACCAGCAGCAGCAGCAGCUGCUGCACCACCCACCACCGCCGCCACAGCCACAGCAACAGCAACCUCAACACCACCUCCAACAGCAACAGCACCCGCAUCCCCAUCCGCGUGCCUCCACCACCAGCUAUGGGGCACAUCCUCCUCAUCCCGGAGGAGAGGAGCAGCGCUCCCGAACGGCCCUCUACAUGAUGAACAGCAGCGGAAAUCGAGGGACACAGGCUGGAGCACCCUCGCAACCUAUGCCCCCGGCAGGUGCUGCUGCUGCCACUGCCACAUCCUCAAGCGAUCCGCAUUUACAGUACUACACCUCCAAUCGGGAUCUGACGGCUGCCAAGAAGCUGCCACAGCAGCUAGAGCCGCUGGAGCCGCCACACCCCAUCUGGCCGUACAAGACGGGGCAAUCGGUGCCAUCUCCAGCACCGCCAGCGGCCUCGGGUCUGCGCCACCACCACGGGAAUCCCGCCAUGUACUCCACCAGCAGCCAGCAGCAGGCGACGCAGGCGCACAGCACGGCCUACUGGCCGCCACCGGACGAGCAGAUGCACCAUCAGCUGCCGCAGCAGCUGCAACAGCAACAGCAGCAUCAGAGGUACUCCUCCUACGGCCAGAAGCCACAGCCAGGAGGAGGCAUUGCCUCAGGAUACGGAGUAGAGUUUGGCCCAGGGCAACAGCCAGGAGCACAACAGAUUAGUGGUCGGCCCCACCCCGGCUAUGCCCCACAGCCCGGGUACGGGACACAACCCGGAUACGGCCCACAGCCUGGAGUGGGAGGACAGCCCGACAGCAGAUUUGGGACUCAUACGGAGACUGGCGGCUAUGGCACACAGCCAGGCGUGGGCGGCAAGGCGGGGGGAUAUGGGGGAGCCAGCAUCAGCAGUCCGCACCCGUCCACGCCCACACCGCCCACUGCCACAUCGACCCCCCAGUCGCACCACCAGAGCCUGUACAUGCCGAUGCCGCAGUUUAGCACGGAAAAGUUCCAGACGACGGUCCACAAUGCCAUCGAGAGGUAUGUGCGGGAGACGCCAGCUCCCAGCUUGGAUUAUCCCGCUUCUCGGGGGAUAGCAGCAGCGGGUUUAGGAGCGGGAGGAGGAGGAGCAGGAUUGGGUGGGGGAGGGGGAGGAACAGUCUCCGCCUAUGGAAGAGCCACUGGUUAUGGGUAUGCCAAGGUCUCCUCCUCCAAGGUUCCUUCUGCCACCUCGUCCACGAGCUACGUGAAGCUCGAACCGGAAAAUGCUCUGGCCGGGUCCCUGCCGCAGCCCAAACGAUCCUCGCUGUACCACAAUCCGUACAACACAGCGCCGCAGCCACCGCCGCUGCUGCCACCACCGCCGCUUUCCGAGGCGCCGCAGCGACAGCGGGACUCCUCGCCGGCAAUGGCUGCCGUGGCCACGCCCCCACAUGGAUAUCCCACCAAAUACGGGAAACUCCUGCAGCAGCAUGGCACGGGAGCGGUACCGGGAACAGGAACAGGAAGUGGAACUGGAACUGGAACGGGUGCCACGCCGUACUCCACGUACUACCACCACGGACACCACGGGACACCUUCGCCCGCGGCAGGCGCCGUGGCCUCUCCCACUCCUCCCGCCCCGCCGCCUCCACUUGCCAGCCAGCUGUCAUCCGCCUCCGCCUCCGCCUCCUCCUCCAGCAGCAGCACCACGCUGCAGGUGUACCCCCACGGACCGGACAUCUGUUACCAGCCGGUGCCGGUGGCAGCAGCCCAAACCCAGAGUCAGGGACAAGGUCAGGGAAAUGCAACGACUGCUGCCAAGAAGUCACCGGCUGUGUCGAAACCCAAUUACCGGGCGCUGAUCAACGACAUGCUGAAGCGGAACACCGCCAGCGAGCAGGAGCUCAAUCUGCAGAUCAUCAAGAAGACCCUCAACAUGGAGCCGCCGCCACGAAACCAUGUCCAUGUCCUGCCAGCGGCCACAAGAGUCAUCCAACAGGUGGCACCGCCUGCACCAGUACCUGCUGCAGCGCCAGCACCUGCGCUCUACUCCCCCCUGGAUCUGUCCAUGCGAACGGUGAAGCAGACGGCAGACUCGACGGAAUACAAGUACCAGCGUCCUCAGCAUCAGACCCCAACAACGACGACGACGGAGUACAAGGCUGUCCAACAGCCGCACCUGGUGGUAGGAGGAGGAGGAUUGGGUCUACCGAGGUUCGACAUCACAGCGAGCUUCUCGGCAGCAGCGAGCCGGGGAACGGGAACGCCAGCGAGUCCCGCGCCAACGGCUGUGAUACGACAGGCCCCUGCCACAACAGUUCCUCAUCUGCCACCUGUGGCUGCCCCUUUGGCUGCUGCUGCACCAGCUCCUGCUUUGGUGAUCAAAUCCCUGCAGCAGAUGCGUCCCAGUGUGCUGGAGACGAAUCCAUAUGCCAAGCGGCAUAAGCAGCCGCACCAAAAACUGCCCCCCGAAACGAGCAUCGUUCAGGUGCUGCCCAAAUCCCUGCCGCAACUGAUGGAACUCACGCCUGCACCUUCUCCAUCGCCCUCGCAGUCGCCAUCGCCCAGCCCCCAGCACCAGCACCAGCACAACAGCAGCAAUCCCAACUAUCUGGGCAGGAAGCGGCAUCUGCAGGAGUACAAUCAGGCGGCGGCCAAACAGGCGCGUCUGGAUGCAGCCAUGGAGGCGGCAGUGUCCGCUCCAGUGCCGGUGAUAGCCGUCAAUGAGCAGGCGCUGGCCGCCAAAAGAGAGAGGGAGCGGGAGCGGGAGAGAGAACUGCAGCCCGAACCGAGCACAACCUCCGCCCCGACCACCUCCAUGUCCUUGUCUAUGGCUGUGCCCAAAGCGGAGCCACGCAUCCGUACAAAGGCAGAGCUGAAGGGAUUCACGUUUACGCCGCCCGUGCUGGUCACCUCAACGACGUCUGCCACUAAUUCAGUAUCAGUAGCCCCUCCAGCUGCCAUCCUGCCGCCUCCUCCUGCAGUCACAGUUGCACGGCCGCCACCGAGCCAUCAGGUGACGAACCACAUACAAAUCAAGCUGGAACCGGCUCCACCCCAGGCGACAAACCAUCCAGGAGCAGGAGGCGGAGUAACAGGAGCAGAUCUCGGCCUACUCGAGGAGGAUCUGGGCUUCAAGGGAAGCCUGCUGGACUGCUGGGGCAGCACCUGCAACAACCUGGUGGAGCAACUGCUCAACAAAGCCCAACCAACGGUGAUGCCCGCAUGCUCCAGCAGCAGCAUCAAGCUGGAGCUCAGCGAAGAUGAUCUCCCCGUGGCACGGAUCCUCAAGCGGCAGCCACCAGCCGCAGCAGCAGAUGGGGAAUCAGCGGCCACCACAACCACCCAAGUGACGACGACCACAAAUGGCAUCUGCUCCUCGUUGGGAAAUGGCGGGGCAGCGCAGAAGAAGCUGAGCAAAGUUGAGCGGGAGAAGAAGCGGCUGCAGCAGGAGCAAAGGAUAGCGGCCAGGCUGGCGCCCAAGGCGGGACAGAGCAGCUCCUCGGAGAGCGACACCACAGAGCUGCACAGACGGACAACCGAGCGGCAGAAGAAGCCGCUCCUCAUGCGGAAGGGCCGUGCCAGGCAGAGGUCCCUGGGUGGCCAGACGGGCAAGAGCAGCCAGCAGACGGGCCAAAGCACGGCCGAGGAAGCAGCCGCAGUAGCGGCAGCAGCGGAAAAGGGUGGCAGCCAGCCCUCCACCAGCGAGGAGAGAGCGUCCAAGAAGGAGUCUGUAAAGCGGGAGUCAGUGCCGCCUCCGCCAUCUGCCUCCAACAAAGUGCAGCACGAGGGGACGGCAAAGGCCAAGGGAAAGGCCAAGCAGCAGCAGAGUCUGGAGAACACCAGUGCCAGCGACGACGGGGAGGAGGAGCAGGAGGAGGAGGUGGAUGAAGAAGAGGAUGAGGAGGAGGAGGAGGCGAAGAAGGAGAAAUCAGGCAAGACUCUGCAUCACAGAAAACAGCAGCAGCAGUCGAAUCCCCCCCUCAAGCACCGCAUCCUGAACACGAUGACCCGCUCGAAGCAUCGCAAGGAACUGGAGCUGCAGCUGGCCAACAGUAAAGUGCUCCGAAACGACAAGAUAAUCCGCAACUCCACAACCAAGAUAAAGCGGAAGUACGUGCGCAAGGUGGUGGACAGCAAGAAGGAGAUGAUGGUCACGCGACUGCGCAACAAGCGCGGCCUGGAUGCCAUGGACUCCAACUGCAGCCAGCAGAAUGGCCGCACCAAGCUCAAGGGGAAGCAGCUGCAGUCUACAGGAGGUCCUACCAAGAGUAAGACCUCGCCACAGCAGCAGCUGUACCUGGAGGAGUAUCGCUACAAGGUGGCCCUGAAGAUACCCCAUCGCCUGAUAUCCAUCAACAAACUGAACAAGGUGGCCGCCUCCCUGCCUGAUCUGGAGCGGAGGGACAUUGGCCAGGAGCUGGCAUGCUUCAAGAGCCGUGCCGGCGGGGGCAGACCCCGUACAAAGGCCGCUAGCAAGCAGCAUCAGGAGAACACGCCCAAGUCUAUAAUUGAUGUACUCCACCUGCGCGUGACGAAUGGCACCAGCGGCAGCAGCAGCGGACGGAAGACCACGGUCUCCGUGUCAGCCCCGGCCUCCACCAACCUGCACCUGCACAGCGAGACUUCGCAGACCUCCGCCUCGAAUUCCUUGUACGAGCAGCCGCAGCAGCAGGAGCCACCGCCGCCGCCGCCAGCCAACGCCGAGACGACAAGCAGCUGCCUGGACGAUCCCAGCCGGCGGCACUUUAGCAUCUUCGACACCAAGGUCUUGCAGAGCAAGACCCGCACCGAGUCGAAGCUCCAGCAGCGGCGCGAGAUCAUACGCGAGAUAUUUGUGGGUCCCGAGAGGCCCGCCUCGGCCCCGCCAGAGUGCGUCCAAGAGGCGGGUGGCGGAGCCGACAACGAGGAGGAGGCGGCCAUCAGCUACCAGAAGUACGAGGAGUUUCUCGACCAAAUGAACAGCAUUGUGAGCGCCAACGACAACAAGCUGCUGGCCCGCAGGACACUCGUCGAGGACAAGCAGCCCUCCGCCACUCAGUGUACGCACAAGCGGAAGUAUCUGCGUCGCAAGGGCAGCUCCGGCUUCGACUACAUACGCAAGAAGAAGCGACCGACGCCGGCCUCCAGUCACCAGAACCAGCAGAGCCACAACCAAUCCGCCGGCCACACCCAUGUCACAUCCAAUCAGCAUGUCCUCUCCGAGCAGAAUCAGAGUGCGGCCGAUGAGCGACUGGACGACACCGACAGCACCAUUGCGGGCAGCUCCCAUCUGCCGGCGAAGAUAAAGACCGAGAUGGAUGUCCUGCGCGAGAUCCAGAAGUGGGUCCUCAACAAGGGCGUGGGCCAGAGCACGAUGCACAAGGCCGCCCGCCAGGGGCUGAUCGAUGUAGUGGUCUACUGCCUGGAUCGCAUGCACAUGAAUCCCGACCAGAAAGACAACGCUGGGUACACGCCACUGCACGAAGCCUGCACUCAGGGCUGGCUGGAGAUUGCCCGGAUACUGCUCCAGUUCGGGGCCAAUCACUCGGAGGCGGCCCAGUCGGGCAUCCGUCCGCUCCACGGAGCCAUUGAGAACGAUCACGAGGAGGUGGUGCGACUGCUGCUCUCCUACGGAGCCGACCCGUUGCUGGCAACGUACUCAGGUCAAACUCCGCUGGCGUUAGCUUCAAGCAAGCUGAUGAGUGGCAUUCUGAGCGAGCACCUCAGCGAUGCACAAAGUGCCGCCGCUGACAUUCAUCCAAUUCGAUUCCAAGGACCAUGGGACAUCUUUGAUGCUAAGGAAUAUGGUUAUGAUAUAUUCGAUAAUGUACCGAACACAGCUUGUGAUAAGAGCAGAGCUCGACGUAGAGAAAGGAAAGAGGUGAAUCAGAAGCAGAUGCAGCAGCAGAAGCAGAAUUUGUUCAGCAACGGUAAUGGAAAUGUACUGUUAGCAGCCAAGAAGGAAGCGCAGCAGGAGGAGCCGGAGAAGAAGGUGGAGACAACGAUAAGGCAGAAUGGGGAGACAAGUGCAACAAAGACUGGAAUACAUGUGUCAGCAGCAGCUACAACAAAAGCGAUGAUGGUGAAAGUGGAGCCAGGAACCGAAGAGGAGGAGCAUCAGCAGCAGCAGGAGGAGGAUAGCAAUAACAAUAAGAACAACAACGAGGAGGAGCUGAAUGUAAAUGUUGAGAAUAAUUUAGUAACAAGCGUUGUGACUGUUAAGAAUGAAGUGAAGACGGAACUGGAUGUGGAUAUGGAUGUGGAUAUAAAUAUGGAUAGGGAGAGGGAACGAGAACGAGAACGGAAUAGACUUGAUGACGAGGAUCUGGCGGACAGCGAGACAAUGGAUGUAGACGAAUUGAAUGGUGAUAUUUUUGAAUUUGAAGAGGCCGACGUGCCCCUACCACCACUGUACUUGCUCAAAGAUGAGGGCAGUGACAAAUGGGUACUACUGAACGAUUUGUGCAAUUUACUUAAAGUUAAAUCAAAGGAUACGCUUCUCAACAAGCUCUGUCCGAGCAGCAACAACAACAACAACAACAUUGCGUUGCCCAACACCCAGAAGCAGUUGCUGCGGGAGUUCAAGAUCGAUGAUUUCCUGGAGAAGGCUACCUGCUUGCAGCUCCUGUGCGCCGGCGAGAAGCUGAACAUGUUCAGCUCAUCGAAGGUGGUGCUCAUCAAAUACAACGACAGUGUCAAGAACUUGUUGGGCGUGAAGACAAUUUUAAUGAAAUUUUAAAGAGAUAUAUGUACAUGCAUGUUCUGCAUAUUUAGCAACCAGAACGAGAUGAAGGGAACCCCCUAGAUAAUUGAUGAACAGAGAGAUACACCCUAGUACUAAUGUGCAAACAGAGAGCAAACCAAUUUGAAGGAAACAGAAACUAUUAGUACGAAUAUAAUUGUAUCGAAAUUUAGAUACGAUAAAUACGGUAUAUAUUUUAGCUAUUAGCUAGUUUUUACCACACACACGUCUUUGUCUUUGGAAGAUGGAAGAUCUUUUUUAAAGAAAAUUAAAUUAGAGCUAAUGCAAAGUGAUACAAAGGUGCUAUACACACUCAAAACGAAGAAAAACGAAAAUGGGUAAAAUGCAAAAUUCGAUGCAAAUCGAAAAAUAGAGGAGAGGGAAAUAGAGAGCGGGAGAAACAGAGAAUAUUGAUGAAAUCUGGAAUCUAUUGCAAAUUAGAGAGUCUAAUAAACCGAGGGAAAGAUAGAAAUUGGAAUGAUAUGUAAUGCUGUAAAAGAAUCGACAGACAGAGACACAAACAACAAAAAAUGUAUGCCAGCCAAGCAGCUAAAGAAAAUUAAUAUAUGUAUUGUAUAUUAAAUAUCUAGGGAUAAUGUGUAAUCUAUGGUUUUAAAACAAGCAAAAACAAAUUAGCAAAAGUAUAGGCGUAAUUCUUAAGAGAUAAAUUGUACUCAGAUUAGAGAGAAGAGUGUAUUUAUGUAUUGUGUAUUUUUAAACGAAAUUAUUAACAUAACGUACAGAAUAGAAUAUAUUGUAUAUAUCAGACUAUAAUGUAAAUCAAUUCAGAUAGAUUUGUAAUUUUCUAUGUAUGUAUGUAAUUGUCAUGCGUAAGUUUUGUGCAACCAUAAAACAGACUAAAACCAUAAAACAAAAACUAAAACAGAAAAAUAUAUGAAAUGUGAACUUU